AUGAAUAGUUACGAAGAGGCCACAACUGAAGAGGAUCUCACCGGUCGAAUUCCUCUCUAUCCCGGUGAUGAUCCUCGUCCAACUAGUAAGAAGGAGCUUGCGGGCUGGUAUUGUUAUGGGUGGGCUGCCGAGGUGUUCACCGUCUGUGCUAUGGGCUCGUUUCUUCCCAUAACAUUAGAGCAGAUGGCGCGAGAUCGCGGUUUUCUUUUAACCGAUAAAAGUACUCCAUGUACUCCAACAUGGAACCCUUCUCAUCACCUCAGCCACCAAGCCGGAUAUAACAUUCAAAAAUCAGAUGCCAGCCAAUGUAUUAUUUUCUUUCUAGGCACCGAGAUCAAUACCGCAAGCUUUGCCUUGUACACAUUCUCCUUGAGUGUUUUGGUGCAAGCAAUUAUCAUCAUUUCUAUGUCUGGUGCUGCAGAUCAUGGAAACUACCGCAAGACCCUUUUGAUGAUCUUUGCUUUUAUCGGCUCUAUUGCAACAAUGCUUUUUUUAGUCGUCGUGCCUAGGAUUUAUCUAUUAGGGGCUCUGUUGGCGAUUGUCGCUAAUACUUGCUUUGGUGCAUCCUUUGUGCUCUUGAAUUCUUUCUUGCCAGUUUUGGUCCGACACCACCCUUUGGUACUCGAGAAGAGCCAAGAGAGCCUUCAUAAUGGCAUUACUCAACAGGACUCCGAUCCUUCCAGGCCAUUGCUGCGACCCAACGAUAGUGAGGAUGCAUCUACUCACGUGACUUCCCUACAAUUCAGCCUUUCUACUCAAAUUUCCUCUUUUGGUAUUGGGAUUGGCUAUAUUGGGGCAGUUGCACUACAGAUUCUCGCUAUUGCGAUUGUCGUAUUGACCAAUCAGACAACGUUUUCGCUCCGUCUUGUUCUAUUUGUUAUCGGGCUCUGGUGGUUUUUGUUUACCAUUCCCGCCACGAUGUGGUUACGAAUUCGCCCUGGUCCACCUUUGCUAAGCAAUGGAAAGCCUCUUGAAUCCUGGCUGGCUUAUCUGGCCUACGCCUGGAUUUCCCUCUGGAAAACAGUGAAGCGUGCAAGGCACUUAAAAGACAUUAUCCUUUUCCUGUCGGCCUGGUUUCUUCUCAGCGACGGCAUUGCGACAGUGAGUGGCACAGCUGUGCUUUUCGCCAAAACCGAGCUCAACAUGAAACCGGCAGCUUUGGGCCUCAUUAAUGUGAUUGUCAUGUUUGCCGGUGUAUGCGGUGCGUUCUCAUGGAGCUAUAUCUCGAGUCUACUUCAUCUCCGUGCAUCACAUACUAUCAUCGCCUGUAUCAUCCUGUUUGAACUGAUCCCACUAUACGGAAUUCUUGGGUUUGUUCCAUCAGUGCAACGCUUGGGCCUCGGCCUUCAACAGCCCUGGGAAAUGUAUCCCCUGGGAGCCAUAUAUGGUCUUGUUAUGGGUGGACUCUCGUCUUACUGUCGUAGCUUUUUCGCUGAAUUGAUUCCCCCCGGACAUGAAGCAGCUUUCUAUGCUCUUUAUGCUAUCACUGAUAAAGGUUCCAGCGUGUUUGGCCCUGCAAUUGUGGGUGUGAUUACCGAUCGUUAUGGUGAAAUCCGACCCGCAUUCGUUUUUCUCGCCAUUUUGAUAUUUCUACCCUUGCCACUCAUGCUACUUGUGGAUGUGGAACGGGGAAAGCGGGAUGCAAUGGAGCUUGGUGCUGAGCUCGAUCGCCCUUCGGAAGCCCCAGGGUAUGGAACUAUAUCUACUAGUGCCCCAGAGGAAGAAUCUCGAUGA